AUGAAAGUUAAAUUAAUUUUAGGAGAAUACGCAUAUCUAUAUCAUGGCAACUUGGAUUUACAGGAUAUUAACAAUUUCAUUAAAACUCUGACUCAAUAUUCAGUCAUUAUAAAAUGGAAGGAUUUGGAUGAUGAAAUGAUAAGAAUACUUAGACCACAAGAUCUAAAAUAUUGUGUUGAUAUUACUAGCAAACAAAAAUAAACACUUCGUCUCUAUCUCUAAGAAUGUCUACCCAGUUUUUAGCAAUUUAAUCAAAAAUAAUUUCAAUACCAAUAGAAUCAGCAAUCUAUGCUAUAAUCUAAUUGCCAAUAGAUAUAAGCAAGUAAUUAAUCCGUAAUCGAGAAUCCUAUACUCAAGAAAGAAAUGACUUUUGCUCAGGACAGCAGCCAACCCUUUCUUGAUUCUUACGAAAAAUAAAAAUAUUUUCAAUAAAUUGCGCUCACAGUGAUAUAAGAAGUAUACCCAGGUUUAUAAAUCGAUUUUGAUGACAUCAAUGAAAAAAAGAAAAUAGUAUAAAUGAAUGAGAUUUCAUAACACUAUGAAUAAAUUGAAUAAAAACCCUUAAGAAAAAUUGAAUCCAGAUAAAAUACAGAAAAGAUGACACCAUAAUUUUAUGAAAAACGGUAAGAUGAAAAUUAUGUUCCAGAAAAUGAAAAUUAUUCAAUGAUUAACUAAAAUAAAUAGAGUCUCAAUUUAAAACUCGAAGAAAAUUCAAAUUCUGAUACAGUGCAUUCAUCAAGAUAAAAUGAGAAUUUUGGAGAUAUUUAUUUUUGCGACUACUGCUCAGAAUAAAUAGAAGUUGAAUUUGGAUAUAAAUGUGAGAAUAAAGAAUGUUUAGAUCUUCACUUUUGUUAGACUUGUGUAGAUAAAUUAAAAAAGGAAAUUCAUGAGCAUGAAUUGGUUAAGUUAGAAAAAGGUAAUUGA